CACCGCGUUGUCAUUCGCAGGUUGCCUCAGUGCAUACCCGGUUCCUCACUGUUCGCUGCAAGUUGGGCAUGUGGUGCUACCAGCAGACCGCGUUGGUGUCAGUUUGUUAUAAAGCGUGAGGGUUUGUGCAAGGGAGGAGAACAUUAGAGGAAAGGAACCUGAAACUGUAGAAGCAUCUGAGAGAGCAUGAGUGAGCUGGGCAUGGAGCUUGACGAGGAGACGUUCUUGGACGAGCUCAUGUCGCUGCGGCGGGAGGCGUCAGCGCCGUGGCAAGCUUACCCCGGCGUCGGCAGCAUGAUGAUGAGCGACCUUCUCUUCUACGGCGGCGAGGGCGCCGACGCGAGGAGCGGCAUGGACCUGCCGCCGUUCCAGGAGCUGGCACCCAUGCCGCCAGCCGCGCCUCCGCACCCGCACGAGGACUUCAAUUUCGACUGCUUAAGCGAGGUGUGCAAUCCUUACAAGAGCUGCGUCGCCCUCCCAGGGGAGGCAACCGGCGGCCAGACGCUCACUCCUCUCAAUGACGCCACCAUGCUGGAGGAGGAGAUAAGCGGUGAUAAGGGGCUCUAUGGAGGUGGGGGGUCUCCGCCGACGUUCGUCUUCGGAGGAGGCGCAGGCGAGAGCUCGGAGAUGGCCAAUAUCAGGGCUGUCGGAGGAGCCCACCACAGGAGCAAGCUCCACGGCGCGCCGUCAAAGAACCUCAUGGCUGAGAGGCGGCGGAGGAAGCGGCUCAACGACCGCCUCUCAAUGCUCCGGUCCAUCGUUCCCAAGAUCAGUAAGAUGGACCGGACAUCCAUUCUUGGGGACACCAUUGACUAUGUGAAGGAGUUGACGGAGCGGAUCAAAGUUCUUGAGGAGGAGAUCGGCGCCUCGCCGGAGGACCUGAACCUUCUCAAUACUUUGAAAGAUUCGUCCAACAGUAACAACGAGAUGAUGGUGAGGAAUUCCACCAAGUUCGACGUCGAGAAGCGGGGCAACGGGAGCACGAGGAUCGAGAUCUGCUGCCCCGCGAACCCCGGGGUGCUGCUGUCGACGGUAAGCGCGCUGGAGGCUCUGGGGCUGGAGAUCGAACAGUGCGUGGUGAGCUGCUUCAGUGACUUUGGCAUGCAGGCCUCUUGCUUACAAGAGGACGGGAAGAGGCAAGUAAUAAGCACCGACGAGAUAAAGCAGACAUUGUUUAGGAGUGCAGGCUACGGAGGGAGGUGUCUCUAGCAGCUUGAAAUCCGUCCAGCAAAUAUAAGUUGCAUGAUCAUCAUCAUCGUUGUUGAUCGAUGCUUUCCAUGGCCUUGCCCCAUGAAUUAAUAUAGAGCUAGUGUUCAUCUAUGAGUGUACCAAGUUAUCUGAAUCCCAGCAAAUUAAAGAUUUGCUUAGGUAUUGUAAGUUCAUCUGUUGUGUUUUUUGUAUCAUGGGUUGUAUGUGGAUCCAUAUUGUGAUGUAUCGCGCGACAUGAUUUGGGUUAAUGCCAAGACUCCAAUUGUUUAUUCUGUAA